CUUGCCAAAAGAAGUUUGUUUACAUUCCCCCACACUCAAGACUGCAUGAGCAUGAGUCCACAGGGUUUUUGAUUCCUUCUACAAUCCUGUACCCUUUUCUCAUUUGAUUGAUGGCAAAACCUCUUCACUCAAGUACAAAUUUUCAUGUUUUGUGCCCUGUUUAAUUUUAGUCAUUAGAAAAACAGUCAGUGAUCAUGUCCUCUUUAUCCCCUAAAUCACCGGAUCAGUCAGAGAAGAGUAAGAAGUAUGAUCGACAACUAAGACUGUGGGGAGACCAUGGACAAGCUGCAUUAGAGUAUGCUCACGUUUGUCUGAUAAACGCAACUGGCCUUGGUUCUGAGAUAUUGAAGUCUUUGGUUCUUGCUGGAGUAGGAGCUUUCACAAUUGUAGAUGGCGAAAAAAUUUCCGAUGAAGAUGUUGGAGUCAACUUCUUCUUAGAUCCUGAUAGCAUUGGCCAACCACGAGGUGAGAUCACAACUCAAUUGUUAUUGGAACUGAACCCUGAUGUGCGUGGUGAUGCGAUAGAUGAAAGCCUAGAUAAACUCCUUACUAAUAAUCCAGAUUUUUUCAACAAUUUUUCAGUCAUUGUUGCCACUCGCCUAUCCGAAAAAGAAAUAAUAACUUUGUCAAAGAAGCUGUGGGAAGCUGACAUUCCACUCAUUGUCUGUCAAAGCAUUGGUUUCAUUGGCAGUGGGAGACUACAAGUUCAAGAACACACAGUCGUUGAGUCGCACCCAGAGAAUCAGAACCCAGACUUACGCCUAGACUGUCCAUUCCCUUCAUUGAAGGAGUAUUUCGAUCAAAUCGACCUCGAGGCAAUGGAAUUUAAAGACCACGCCCACACACCCUUUGUUGUCAUUCUUUAUAAGUAUCUAGAGAAGUGGAAAAAACUUCAUAACUCAUCCAAGGGACCCUCAAAUUUCAAAGAAAAAGCAAGCUUACGCGAACUCAUUAAGAGUGGAAUUCACCGAGAUGAGCAGGGGAAUCCAUUAGCAGAAGAAAAUUUCGAAGAGGCCAUCCGAGCGGUGAACUAUGCCAUUUCCACAUCCGAAAUUCCACAAAGCAUCAAAGAUAUCUUAAAUGAUGGUUCUUGUAUCAAUUUAACUGGAAAGAGUAAGCCUUUCUGGAUAAUAGCAAAAGCAAUCAAAGAUUUUGUAGAAAAUGAAGGUAAUGGGUACUUACCACUUAGAGGCACGUUACCAGAUAUGACGGCGGACACAGCCAAAUAUGUAGCACUUCAACAACUUUAUCGAGAUCAAGCUGCAAAAGAUGCAGAAAUUGUGUUCCGGAGAGUGCAGCAGUUGUUAAGGCAGUUGAAUCAACCGGAUGACACAAUCACAGAAAAUGAAGUGAGGCAGUUUUGCAAACACGCAAGCUCCAUCAGCGUCAUAAGGGGCAGUUCUAUAGCUGAUGAAUACACUUUUAGGAACAUAUCCCAAAAAAUAGUUACUGACCUGGAAUCUCCUCAUAAUCUAAUGGUGUACUAUGUGAUGCUACGUGGUUUAGAUAGAUUUUACUCUGAAUACAACACAUAUCCUGGGGUUUAUAAUGAUCAGGUGGAACCAGAUAUUGUCAAAAUGAAGGCCUGCAUUUCUCGACUGAUAUCGGAGUGGGGCUGUAGCUCUUUUAGCAAAGAUGAUUUUGUUCAUGAGAUUUGUAGGUAUGGUGGUGCUGAACUUCACUCCGUUUCUGCAUUCCUAGGGGGAGCUGUUAGCCAUGAAAUAAUAAAACUCAUAACAAAACAGUAUAAACCCAUUAACAACACAUUCAUCUAUGAUGCUAUUUCUGCAGAAACUGCUACAUUUACCUUCUGAGUUUACUGAAUUCGCCGCUAAGAAACUUAAAUGCCACCCAAGACCUCAUGCUAUGUUUCUCUGUCAACUUUUGACCUUGAAUGCUGUAAAAAAUUGUUAAUGUCCUAGAAACAACUUUUUGCAUCGUAAAUUUUUAUACCAAUUAUCUUGAAUAGAAUUGUUGAAUUCUUUGCAACA